AUGACAGCAAAAAAAAAAAAUCUUUUAAAAAGCGAGGAUGAGGAGGUCGACGUGGAGACCGUCGAGGCGAAGCGGAGGCCGAGCCGGAGCCCGAAGUGUGCGCGCUGUCGGAACCACGGCGUGGUAUCCCGCCUGAAGGGCCACAAGCGGCUGUGCCGGUGGCGGGACUGCCGCUGCGCUAACUGCGCGCUGGUGGUGGAGAGGCAGCGGGUGAUGGCGGCGCAGGUGGCCCUCAGAAGGCAGCAGGCGGCCGAGGGUAAGAAGAGUCAGAGGAGUGCUUCUUUCCUCCGUCGCUCAGCGUACCAGUGCUACAGCAGGGCACCCAGUCUUCUGGCAAAGAGCAUUCUGGAGGGCUACAAGCCCCCAGUGCUGGAGGACUGGCCGAAGAGACUCCACUACCCUCCACUGAGCGUGAGGAUGAGGAAGAGGAGAGCAUUUGCUGAUAAAGAGCUGGAGAGUGUGAUGCUGGAACGAGAGAUGAGGCAGAGAGAGAUGGAGGAGCUCCCUGAACUCGUCUUCCUUCAGGCUACUAUAUCUCCUGCCCCUUCCCCAUGUUUCUGCUCACUGUCCGACACCAACUUGUCCAGUCACUUACCCAUGUACAAAUCCAGUCCACUGCUGUUUGAGUGUGAUCUUCACUGCCAUACACAAGAGUUUAAACUCAGCUCUCUAGAGCAGUGUCAAAGGGGGGACAUUCUCACACAAAGCUGCCAUCUUCAAACAGCAAAAGACUGGGAAACUUGCAGUGAGAGGGACUCAUGUCUGGAAUCUUUUCCGCUGCCCUCAUUUCAAAGCUCUCAGUAUUACUGUAGCGAAAACUCAGGUGUCAACACAGAACAGACCGUGCCAGAAAAUGUCACUGCUGACUCGUCUAGCGGCGUGCCAAACCGUGUUGCUGCUGACAGACUGGAUAUCGCGUCAAAGCGAGAUGGUGCCCUUUCUCUGAUUGAGGCAAAGGUGCUGUCACAGGGCUGA